CCGAGUGGCCAGAAACCAAAACGGAACUCGACAUUGUAUGGAUUGUCCAUACGGUCAGUCUGGUUUUAACUGCAAUGAAACAUGGCAGCUGGCGUUGGUGGUUGUCGGCUCCGUGUUCGGAGGGCUGUUGCUCAUCUCGACCAUCGUUCUGAUCGUCAUGUCUUGCAAAUCCACGAAGAAGACGUCCAAGAAACAGAAGAGUCGAACGCGGAGGAGAAUCACGAAUUGGGCAACUCCUAUCAUGAUAAGCACCCGCUGGGUUGACAGCCUCCCAGCCAACAGGCAGCCCCCGCCAGUAAAGACAGAACCAGCAGACCACGGCCUGAAACCUUUCCCAAGGCGGUGGCGUGCCAGGAUCCCGCGGGCCACGGCCUCCACCGCCUGGGACAGCGGGACCAACCUGGAUAUGACGCAGAACAAUGGCCGUCACAUGGCCGGGGGGAAGAGUUCGUGGCUCAAUGACCACUCAGACAACACGAGCGGCAGCCCCUACCAGCAUCCUCGCAACCAGACCAGCUCGUACGACCAGACUCGAGCCGCAAGCAACUCCUAUGCAGAUUCGCGACCUUUGAGCAACCCGUACACUCAGGAUCGGCCUCAGCUGAAUCCGUACGCUCGGAACCAAGGCCAGAGCAAUGGCAACUACUCGCACGAUGACGGGAGACCCUUCAACUACUGAGGCUUUGACGCACAACCACAGCUCAGGGAUUGUGCAAUUGCUUUUAAAUAAAUGUCAGGGUGCUGAACACAUCACCAGGGGGAACGCCAGUGUGGUUUGUUCUAUGGAAACAUAUUUAACUUUUAUUUGUAUAAUGUGUUUGUAGAUUUUUUUAAUUCAGUGCCUUUGUAACAGAUUUAGAUUUAUAUAGCGCUUUAUGAAUAUUAUACCCACUCGUAAGUAAAAUGUUCAAAUGUUUCUUCUUAAUGUUCUGUCAUCAUCUGUAAUUCUGGGUUAGAUAUUUCAAGCUAGUUAGGUUUUGUGUCAUGUGAGAGAAUAUUUUGUCCACUGGGAGCUUUUUGAACGUCAUCCGCACUCAUUUUAAUAUUAUGUAUGUUCUUGUCUAUUUUUUCAGCAUCACUUAUCAUAUCCGAGAUAUUUCCGGGUUUUGUACAAAUGAUUAAAGUUUUACAUGUUUUAU